AUGAGGUCCCAAUUCCUUAUAAUCGUAAUGCUCGCUGUCGGCGUCUUGUGCGAGAAAGACUAUGAAUGCAAAUACAGUGACAAUAAUGACCGAUUCAAGUGCAAUAAGGCGGGUGUCUACAAGAAGAUCCAGUGUCGACUGAACUCGUGCUUCUGCGUCUCGCCACUUCAAGGGACCAUCGCAUUCGACACGCGGACCAAUAGCAACACGACGAUUCCAAAGUGCGGAAAGUGUUUGAACGACGUCGAGAAGAUGUUCGAGAAGGGAGUCCCCAAAAACAACACAUUCGUCCCCAAAUGCGACAUCGUUCUCGGAGACUACGAACCCCUUCAGUGCGAUAUGACAAAAGAUCGCUGCUAUUGUGUUAAUCCGAAGACUGGUAUGGCCAUCAAGGGAACAGAGAAGAAGCUUCAAUUUGACUCAACAAUGAAGUGCAAUGGAAUCGAGUUCCACGUCGAGCUGCGCGACUUCCUCACCUUCCCUGAAUCAGCCGAAUCUCAUCAUAGAAAAUUCAAGGCAUGCAGCGGAGAUGUCGAUAUGGGGACGACUUGUGGUGGAAACGCGUCCGUCAUUCAAUACUUUUUCGACGUUGACACUCAAAAGUGCUAUCCGUUCAAAUACAACGGAUGCGGUGGAAAUAGGAAUCGCUUCAAUACGGACAGUGACUGUAUGAAUAGUUGUUUACCUAUGGAUUAUUUCUCGUGUGCUCUUGAUUCAUCGCCGGCUCAACGUAACAAUGGCUUCCAAUUCAAGUGUGGCAAUAGAAUACCACCCGGCCGAAGUGGCCCAACAAAUGAGCCAAAGCUUCCGAAGAUGAAUGCUGACGGAACGUGCCCAGCUGAUUACGCGUGCCAGCGUGGAGCCUUCAUGUCGUGGUGCUGCGAUGCCAAACUUUCCAAAUACGUCAACUCUCAAUACUCUCCAAAAUGCCCAAAAGGGCAAUCCUUGUACACCAGUGGUGACUUUAACCUUGCGAUCGCCAUUCUUGCUGUCGAGAUCAUUUUAAAGGAGAGAGAUAUAAUUGCUCUUUAUUCAAGAAAAAACGCGUGGUCCGUUGUUGUAAUAAUUGCAAGAGAACACAACACACCAGGAAGUCGGCGAGGACAACAGUUGGCUCACGGUUGCAUCGGCUCAGCCAGACCUCAUUCGAUUGAGUUUUUGAGGAUGAAGGUCGUUCUCCUGCUCGUUCUCGUCGCCAUUGUCGCGUGCGAUGUGAAGCCGACGUGCAAGAACGGAAAGAAUUCGGACAAGCUCAAAUGCGACAAGAAUGGCUAUUUCGAGAAGAUCCAGUGCAAGAAGAGCUCGUGCUUCUGCGUCUCGACGCACAACGGACAGAUGGCGUACGACACAAGGACCGCGAACAACAAGAUCCAGCCGAAAUGCGGAAAAUGCUUGGAUGAGGUGGAGAAGAUCUUCUCGAAGGGAAACCCCAGCAUGAAGACGUUUGUUCCCAAGUGCGACGUGAUCCUCGGCGACUACGAGCCGCUUCAAUGCGACGCUAAUAAGGAUCAGUGCUAUUGUGUGGAUCCGAAGACUGGAUCAGCCAUCAAGGGAACCGAGAAGAAGCUGAAGGGCACUGAAAAAAUGAAAUGCGAUGGAGUCGAAUAUACCGUGGAUCCCGUAUACUUCCAAACGUUCCCUGACGUCCUCCGUCCCGGAUACGAAGCAUCGCAUUGCCUUGCAAAUCGGGAUCCGGGAACCGCGUGCUCGGGAAAAACGUCGUCGAUCAAGUACUGGUUCGACAAGGAAUCCUACAUGUGUCUUCCAUUCGAGUACAAAGGAUGCGGUGGAAAUGCGAAUCGGUUCGAUUCUGCCAGCGAUUGCUAUAGUCAAUGUGUUCCUAUGGAUUAUGCGACAUGCGCAAUGCAAUCCUCGCCAGCCAUGAAGAGCGUUGACAGAUCGUUCAACUGUCGCGAGCCGAGAUUCAUGGGGGCAAUGGACGCCAAUGCGCCAAAGGAGCCGAAGCUUCCUAAGCUGAAUGCCGAAGGAGACUGUCCGGCUGGAUAUCAGUGCCGGAACCAUGGAAUGGUCUCGAAUUGUUGCGAUAUCGAGAUUACUGAGCUCUACAAUAAGGAGACGAAUCCGAAGUGUCCAGCGGGACAAUCUCUGUUCACCGAGAAGCGGUACGGAACCGACUCGGCGCUCAUCGGCAAAUCGUGUUCGGACAAUUUCUGCCCGAAAACCCAUAAAUGCAUUUCUGGCGAAUUAUUCGCGUAUUGUUGUAAAUAG